UCGCGAGACCCACACGACCGCGAGACAGACGCAAUCGGAGAUCGUCCCCAGUGAACCAGUGUAACGAUACCGCAAAUGUUGCCUACGUGCGUGCGUGCGUGCGUGCAUACGUGCGUGCGUCGCUCUCAUCUCGGUUUCUACGCGCAAAGUUCACGUCGCGCGUCAGGGCCGCAUUCACCCCUCUAGUCGUCCCCGUCACGACGGUCUCUUCGGGAAUAUCCAUUAAAUUUCUACAGACGCACGUGUUCGCGAAUUUAAUAUAAAAUAUUUGCAGUUAAAGUAAAGUAAAAUAUUUAUUAUCGAGCGGUAAUGUAAUUUGUGUAAAUGCGCGAAUAGCUGGAAUUCUCCAAGGCAUACACGAGGCUCGCGUGUGCGAAAACUUUUAUAUGUAAUAACGUUUAUAAAUGUUUCUUUUCUUCCUGCCCUAUCUGUCGUUCUUAGCUUCGCGAAAUUGUUCGAUUGGUAUCUGUACGGAAACCGGUUUAUUUGGAGUCGCGUCGCGACGGAGGCGACGGUAAUAACGCGCGUGCGCGCUAAAGCGGGGCCCGCUCUCGCGUGCGAUCGAGAACCUUCGGAUACGUCGGGCUAUCCGUCGCGAGCACCGUCGCUCUAUUGGCCGUGGCUUGGCCGAUUAGUCGGCCGGUCGGCCGCGUCCAAUUAUUUGUACGGCAUGCGCGCGGCGGCCGAGGAUUCCUACACCGGCUCUCGUUCGCGAUCGCCGCUCGUUAAUCGCCGUCUAUCAUCGGCGAGCAAGGUCCGCCGUCGUCUCGACUUGAGCCUCACCAUCGCGGCAGCCGCCUACGCCGGCUGACUGUAUCGGCACCGUGUCCGGUAGCGCGCAACGAUGCUGAGUCUCUUCGAGAGCAUCGCGUACAUCCCGAAGCUCUAUUACGGCGCAUUGCUGGGCAUCGGCUUCUGUAUCUACUAUCUCUGCGAGGUCGUUAAGACACCCUUGCUGGUUUGCGCCAAUGGACCAUUCCGCUCAUUCUUAGAAGCCAACAUUCCGCUCGUGCAAAAUAAAUUCUGGCCAACAUUAUGGUGUUUCGAAUCGCGAGCACAAACCAUUAUAGCGAGCAUUUUGAGAUCCCGGAUAUUGCCGCAUGUCGAAUACCGCAGAGAAAUUCUCGCAUUGUCCGACGGGGGUGAAGUGGCCUUGGAUUGGGCCGAGAAAGAUUGUUCCAUCACGUCGCCGAUUGUCAUCAUUUUACCUGGUCUCACGGGCGGUAGUCAGGCAGAAUAUAUCAAGUGUCUGAUAUCAGCCGCAAGGAAAAAUGGAAUACGUUGCGUCAUUUUCAACAACAGAGGCUUAGGUGGACUAGAACUCAAGACUCCACGAACGUAUUGCGCCGCUAAUUAUGAUGAUUUAAGCGAAGUCGUAGAACACGUGAAGAAACUUCAUCCUCACGUACUUCUCGGAGCAACCGGGAUCUCCAUGGGAGGGUUGAUCUUGGGUAAUUAUUUAGCCCAAAAAGGUCUAACAGCAAAGACCAAAUUGAAAGCGUGUCUCAUUAUCUCGGUGCCAUGGAACGUGUUCGCAGCGACGAAGAGUACCGAGGAAAACUAUUUUAACCUAAUGUUGAAUAAGCAUCUAGCCAGUAAUUUAUGCCGCACGAUACAGCGACAUCAAGCUUCCGAUGUUGGCCCUUUCAACGUAGAUAUGGACACUGUUCUCAAGAGCCAGACGAUAAGAGAAUUCGAUUCGAAUUUUACGGCAAGACACUUUGGGUACAAAAAUGUGGAAGAGUAUUAUAGCAACGCGACGCUACACGACAAGCUGCAUCUGAUCGAAGUUCCGACUUUGUGCCUAAGCGCGGCAGAUGAUCCGUUUCAGCCGUUGCAAGCGAUACCUCUGAAGGAGAUAAGCCAGACCAAAAACGUGGCCGUAGUGGUAACGUCGCGCGGUGGACACAUUGGUUUCCUGGAAGGCGUUUGGCCGGUCAAGGAAGAGCAAUACAUGGGAAAAUUUUUCUCGCAAUUUUUCACGGCGAUGUUCACCAAUGAUUUUGAUUAACCGAACGCUUGACGUAUCAAUAGAUCAGAAUUCAGUAAACGGUAUCGUAAGCGUCAAUUAACAUUGACUGCCCUGAUACACUAUCGUCUGGCAUCAAGAGAUACGUGCCGCGAUACCAUUUAUCUGUUUAAUUUUCUGCAAGCUAAAAUGUGAUCAGAUUUAAUUUAGUGUAACUUUUUAUUAUUUUUAUAUUAUGCUGUAAAACACACAAAACUUGGAAUUGCACUUUAUGAGCCUGAAAGGGCAAUUACAUAACUCCGAGUUCGGCUGUAAUGUACCAUUUGUAAAGUAUUAAAUAGGCUCCACACUUAUCAAGCAACGUUUCUUACGCAUUACAAUUAGCGCAAAUUGAAAUUAUCCUUGUUGAUUAUUUGUAGUUAAUAAAAACUGACUUUUGUAAAAAUUA